UUACUCUCUCUGGAAAUGAAGAAAACGGAAAGGCCGUUGUUUACCUUGUGGCUUUCCAUCUGUUCUUUGUUAUGUUUGUAUGGUCCUAUUGGAUGACAAUUUUCACAUCUCCCGCUUCCCCCUCCAAAGAGUUCUACUUGUCCAAUUCUGAAAAGGAACGUUAUGAAAAGGAAUUCAGCCAAGAAAGACAACAAGAAAUUUUGAGAAGAGCCGCCAGGGACUUACCUGUCUACACCACAUCAGCCUCAAGGACCAUCAGAUAUUGUGAAAGAUGUCAGUUGAUUAAACCUGACCGGGCACAUCACUGCUCAGCAUGUGACAUAUGUAUUCUUAAGAUGGAUCAUCACUGUCCUUGGGUGAAUAACUGUGUGGGAUUUUCUAAUUACAAAUUCUUCCUGCUGUUUUUAUUGUAUUCCUUGUUAUAUUGCCUUUUUGUGGCUACAACAGUUUUACAGUACUUUAUAAAAUUUUGGACGAAUGAACUCUCUGAUACACGUGCGAAGUUCCACGUCCUUUUCCUCUUCUUUGUGUCUACAAUGUUCUUCAUCAGCGUCCUGUCCCUUUUUAGCUACCACUGCUGGUUGGUUGGAAGAAACAGGACAACAAUAGAAUCAUUCCGCUCACCCACGUUUUCAUAUGGACCUGACGGAAAUGGUUUUUCUCUUGGAUGCAGUAAAAAUUGGAGACAAGUCUUUGGCGAUGAAAAGAAAUACUGGCUACUUCCAAUAUUUUCAAGCUUGGGUGACGGUUGCAGUUUUCCAACUCGUCUUGUGGGGAUGGAUCCAGAACAAGCCUCUGUUACAAACCAAAGUGAAUAUGCUAGAAGUAUUGGCUCAAGUCAACCCUUUCCUAUCAAACCGCUUAGCGAAUCAAAAAACCGAUUGUUGGACAGUGAAUCUCAGUGGACGGAGAAUGAAUCCGAGGAAGGCACUGUCAGAUCAGGGACAAAUAACCAUGUCACAGUGGCAGUAGAAAAUUGAGUACCACUUGUUCAUAACUAACCAUUUGAAUAAGAGCAAGGUUUAUAAGAACAUAUAUUAUGGACUGAUAUUUUCAGUUUUCUUUGCAAGAAAAUGAUCAGUGGAAUGAAAUAAUUGACGUAUAACAGAAGAUAUAUUUUUUCAAAAAGGAAGCCUUUGUACCGAUCGCUGGAUUCACAGAAGCACUACCACAGAGCAGGAAGAUGCCUUAAUCUUACAGAGCCCAUUCAGCUACAUCGACUUACUGCUACAAAAGUGACUUAAUUUUACUUUGGAAGUAACACCAGUUAAUGAAAUGCUACAGAAUGAGCUAUCAAAACACAUUAACACAGCAUAUGUAUUUUUUUUGACACCUGAAUUACAUUGUUAGAGUUGUUCCUUUGUGUCCAUAUAAAUUUUCACUCCAGAAACACAAGCUGAGAAGUGGUCUUAGGUGAAGUACACGUGGGGCCGUGUGGUAGCUGCAGGUGACUAAUACCCACUUACCAUUACUUGUCCCGUGUAAGGAAGAGAAAAUAACUUUUUUUUUACUGGGUGUUUGCUAACUUACAAUUACUGGUUUAUACUUUUCAACAUUUUUAAUAAAUUUUUUUAUUGUUGGCUGUAAAAUAACACUCAGAAAGAUUCAGAUAUCUAAAUAUAAGACAUGGAGCUCAUUUGUAUAGUUCAUUGAGAGCUUAGUUCCAAGCAUUAAUACAACUGUGUAAUGCAGUGUUGUGCCCAAGGCUUAAAUAGAAAUAUUUUUGGUUUUCUCUGCUUUCAAAUUAUUUUGAACCUUCAUGGGUACUUUUAUGGGUAGGGAAAAACAAAGGCACAUGUGCUAUAGAAAUAUGGGACACCAAAUAGUGGCAGUGGCUAGAAGAAAAGUAAAGAGGAAGACGGGCAGGUAUUAUAAGCUGUUAACAGUUAUUUGUAGUCGUAUAGUACUGAGAAUACAACAUGCUGUUGACUUUCAAGUGUCAAUUUAGGUAAUUACUAAAAAUUACUUUGAAACUCCUUACAGUAAUCCUGUAAAAGCUUAAACAGUGACUUACAAUGCAGUUUGAACAUGAAACUGCUUAGCGUAAUCCGAUUUCAGGAAAAAAAUUCUACCCUGACUGGUCCACUCACAGCAUCCAGUCUGUGAGCAGUGAAUUCCACUCUUCAUGCCAACUUUGAAAUCUGACUUCCUAAAUAGCAGCCCCUUUCUGCCUGGUAAAUGAAUAUACCCUUUUCCUUUUGAAAUCCAGUCUUAGCAACAGGAAUUGUUGCACUAAUUCCAAGGAAAAAUACUGUUUCCUGUAAAGGAGAAACAACAUAAAAAUGUAACUCCUCCUUUAUCCUUUUAAGUCAUAUGUACACACACAAACCAAAAUGGUCGGUCGGUUGCUUCCAGUAUUGGAUAGUGCUGAGUCUUAACCAGCAUCUGUAGACACUGACCACUACAGCUUAUCGAUCUGUAAAAUGGGACUGGGGGAAGGGGUAUUAUGCAUGAGUUGGACUGGAUGACCUCUGACAUUCUUUGAUUCCUAAUUUUGCAAAAAUAACCUUAUAUUUCAUUCCUCUGACAAAUAUUUGGGGGGUACCGUCUCUAUAUGCCAAACAAAUGCUAUAGGGAUAGCUCUAUAAUUUCCUAAUGUAGCAUAAAUUUUAUAGUCAGCUAUUCUAGAUCUUCAGUUUAUAGGAUUUGUCUAAUUCCAUUGGCUUUGCUAAUAUUAGACUGUAAUAGGAAGUAAUGUUUUGUCCCUUUGAACCAAUAGAAUGAGUUACUUUGAAAAUAUAGCUUGGAAUACUAUUAUAAUGGUUCUACUUUUGUUUGGACUUUGUAGUCCUAAUAAUGUUGACGCUAGAAAACUUUUAAGUAUGAGAGUUAAGGGUAAGGGAUUAAAAACAAUCACUUAACUUUGGCAGUUUAUGUAUUAUAAGAAAAUUGUGAAUGUUUAAACUUACUUGACUACUUUGAGAAGCAUUGUCCCACUAGGUUUUGUGUAGUUUUCUACAUUUAGAUCCAGGGGUUUGCAUGCACCUGAUUAACAGUUGAGGAGACAUAGUUUUCCCCUUUAACCUAUUCAGGCACUUUUGUGGUGAUGUAAUCUUUUAAGUUUUAUUUAACGUCAUCUUUAAUAGUAUAGCAAACACCUCUUCAGAAGUUUUCAAUUAAAGCCUUUGCUUUAGUUACCUUUGGUUUAAUCUAUGGCCAACAUUUUGCCACAUUCUAGAUACUUGGCUGAUUUAUCCGUACAUAUUAAUGGUCAUUCAGCAAGGGCCUACAAAUGGCGUGAGAGUCCGGGCAAGGCUGCCUCUUUGGUAUUUCAACUGGCAUUGAUUAGUGCUAUCAACUCUUUAGGGAAAAAGGUCCAAAUGAAGGCCUGUCAAAAUUUAUUAGUACUCUAUCUUCGAUCCUUCAAACACUUUGAUGUAUUUAAGGAAAAUAAAGUUGAAUUUCAGGUCCUGCCAUUGCCAUUAAAAACAAUUCCCACCAGGGAUCUUGGUUUUACCCGGAUACAGAUUUACUUGAAUAUUCAGUACCUGAGGCAUCCGAGCAGCAUUAUUAAGCCAAACCAAAGAGCAGCUGCAGUUCAGUAAUUACUCACCAUGAACAUGUUUAUAGAGUGUAGUUCCAUCUUUAUCUGUUGAUGAGUUUUUAAAACCUUUCUAUGUACUGAAUGGUUUUGAUCCCAUGUGUCAUAAGUGAAUUUAACUGUAAGGUUAGUUUCAAUCAAACAUGCAAUGUUUACUUGAAUUUUACUUCUUUUAGAAAAAUUUUGACUAUGUUUACAGGAUUGUUUAAAUUAAAGAUGACCAGACAUGUGAGGUGUCCAUUAAUCUUUAAAGCAAAUGUAUAGUAAGGGCUUAGGACUUGUAUACUUGGGGCACUGAUAUACAGUGACUUACAAAUAUGUUUUGCUUACAUUUUGUGUUAGGACUAGCACUGCUAUCAAUGGAAACUAUUUUUAACUAAUCUGUUAUUAAGAAAUUAAUCAUAUUUUUGCAUUUCAGCCAAAAUAAAGACCACAUUGAAAAUUUGUAAGACACAGGUGAUAUGUAAACCUGAAAUCCAUGUGUUUCAUAUGAUCUGAACUGUAUUUUCCAAUCUAAAUUAAAAAUACAAUAUAGAUUCAGAAAGGUCCAUAUUUUUCUAAUGACUUCACUUUAUAUUAUAAUUUUGUUGGGUUGCAUAAAGGAGGAAGAAUUGUAUUUGUAUUAAAAGAUUAAGAAAGUUAUUAGUCAAGUUUAUUAUAUUUGUACUUGAUUGCAGAUGAGGCUAUAUGCCCAUUUAAAAGAAAAGAUGGACACUAUUUUAAAGUGAUCUUUAAUAUGUUUUUAUAGAAACAAAUUUGAAAUACAGUUUAUUUUGGUUGUCUUUGCUUAUCAAGUACCAUAAGUCCUGUAUUUGUUUCUCAUAAGUAUAAUCCUGGACCAUGACUUAAUGUUAACUCUUUGCUUUGUCUUUUGGGUGGCCUAACCUACAUUAACAUGAAGGCUGAACAUUUUUAAACUUUUUUCAAAAAUCAUAUUUACUGUAUUAAUAAAUAAAGUCUUGUAUUUGAACAUUU